AUGGAAAAACAAUUUAGUCAACUAGCCCAACAUUUCGCCGAAAGACCACAAGGAGCCUUACCGAGUAACACCGAAACAAACCCAAAAGCCCAAGUAAAUGUAAUCAAUCUAAGAAGCCGAAAGGUAGGACCCGAGAUUGAGCCAACCCCACAACAAACCGAUCCAAUCCAUGCUAAAACACCUACCGAUAAUAAUAAAGAAAAUACUCAACCCCAAAACACCAACAUAACUAAACCACCUCCGAUCCCUUACCCCGACUGUUUACUUUGGCAAAAGACCGACGAACAAUUUACUAAGUUCGUGAGCUUGCUUAAACAAGUCUACAUCAAUCUUCCUUUUGUAGAAGUACUCACUCAAAUGCCAAAGUAUUCCAAGUUCAUGAGAGACUUCCUCACUCACAAAAGGAAGAUCAAAACCAUCCAAAAAGUCACACUUAGUGAAGAAUGCUCGGCGGCACUCCUCAACAAGCUCCCCCAAAAGAAGAUUGAUCCCGGAAGUUUCACCAUUCCUUGGUCUAUUGGUGGAUCGCCAAUAAGCAAUGCACUAGCCGACUUGGGGUCUAGCAUUAAUUUAAUGCCAGCUUCUAUGUUCAACCGACUAGGAUUGGGUAAGCCCCAUCCUACAAAGAUGAGCAUACAACUUGCGGAUAGAUCGGUAAAAUACCCUCAAGGUGUCAUAGAGAAUUUAUUGGUACAAGUAGGAGAAUUUAUUUUUCCGGCCGACUUUGUUAUCCUAGACAUGGAAGAAGACACCGAAAUCCCGCUCAUACUAGGACGACCCUUCCUUGUCACCGCACGAGCGAUGGUGGACAUGAUUGACAGAUAA